CCAGGGAGGAGUGUCAUGGCGGAGCCCGACUACCUGGAAGGAGACUGUGAUGAGCUCAUCAAACCCAAGAAGCUGAUCAACCCGGUGAAGAACUCUCGUAACCACCAGGACCUGCACCGAGAGCUGCUCAUGAACCAGAAGAGGGGUCUGGCUGCUCAAAACAAACCUGAGCUCCAGAAGGUUCUGGAGAAGAGAAAGAGGGAACAAGUUCUCAAGGCUCAGAAAGAGGAUCAGGAAGCCCACAAGAAGAGGAGCGACCUGGAGAUAGAGCUCAUGAAAAGACAACAGAAACUAGAGCAGCUGGAGCUGGAGCAACAGAAAAAUGAGGAUGAACAGGAGAACACCCCGGAGUUUGUGAAGAUGAAGAGCAACCUGCGCAGGACCAAGCAGGAGACCGACGGGGAGGAACGGACCACCUAAAAACUAGCAGGGGUGUCUGGGUCUGGCUGAUUGUGCGCGUGUUUGUGGACACGGAGACGUCAGGAGAGUGUGUGUGUACAAAAAAGAGAGAGAGUGUGGUCCAGGUGCACGCUGAUGACCUGGCCAUGGUCCGAGAUGAACUUCCUGGCUUAUCCCACCUAGCAGAUCCUUCCCGCAGUGAGGAGAGAGACUUUACUGACUAAAGACCCCCCUCUGCCUGCCUGCCAUGGACCGCCAGUACUCACCUCUGCUCCUCGCACCCAUCCGGCAGCACACAGCACCCCCUGCAGGAGGGACCUUACACAGACAUGUUACAUGUAAAACGCCUUUCAGCAAGGGCGCGCAAGCUUCCAAGGAGCUCUGAUGGAGAAAACAACCAAACACACACACACACACAGGAGUUUUUAUCCCCUCUGUUUUCACUCCUUACUCCACAGAAAGCUGUUGAUCUCUUUACUGUUAUCAAUGUUGUUCUUGUUGUUGUUGUUUUUUUUGUUCUCACCUUCAGAAUCAAAUAAGGAAAAGUGGACACUGGAUGGACUCUUGAAGCUGUGUAAUGUAAAAGCCAAACAUUUGUGCUUUUCUUAUUUAUGUUUGUAGCUUUUAGCCCAGGUAUAGGGGUGGACACUUUUUGUAGUUGUUCUGUAUUUUUAGUUUGUUUAACAGCAUAGUUUAUGAAGCCAGAACGGGACAAAGGGAGUGCACGGUUGUGAGAAACGCUCAUCAUGUUUGCUUUAUUUUUAUUAUUUUUCAAUUCCAAACAUGCCAUUUCCUCAGCUAAUGCAAUUGUGAGCAAUAGUAGAACUCCCAGGCAUGAGUGACCUUUUCUUUAUAUAUUCUGUUGUUUUGUAUGAAAAAAGUGUUACUUAAUAAAUAAUUUAAAUUUUUGUUAGGCUGGUCAAUAUGAAUGAGCGUUUAUCUUCCUGUCCGAUCAGUCUUUGUGUGCUUUUAUGAACAAAGGAAGUGUACACAUCUAGACCAUGCCACAACAUAUUUAAUUGAUUUGUAGGAAAUCUACUCGGCUGCUGAAACAACUCUGAUAAGUGUUUUGGGAACUUUAUCACUGCAGUAUUUUGUCCAUAACAAUUGAGCCAUAGAUUUGUAAAGAUAAUUUAAAUCAGUGAAUCUGAAUAAAAGUGUCUGUUUAAUUACAAUGCCCUAAAUGGCAUACGUAGUGGUUAUUUAAAUAUUUCACACAAUGAUAUCAUGGGUCUACAGUUCUGGUGUGUGGGUCUCGAAGAGAUGAUAGCUAUUAUUCUAAUGGGAAGAAUCAGAUUUAUAAUGACAUAACCCUGUGUUCUCCAGAAUUUCCUUUUUAAUAAACAUAAUUUUAACACGUUC